AUGAAUCUCAUUAUAGAUGCGGCAGCAAGCAAGGCAAAGGGGCCAAGAAUGCAGUCAGGAGUAAGACUGACCCCUUUGAGGGGGUUCAUGGAUGACAUCACACUGACAACUACUUCCCAUAUAGAAGCCAGAUGGAUGCUAUCUGAGCUGGACUACAUGGCAACUUGGGCAAGAAUGAAGUUCAAACCAAAGAAGUCCAGAUGUAUGAUCAUCAAGAAAGGAAAGGUAACAAGUAGAUUCAAGUUGGAAGUACAAGGCGAACCCAUCCCGUCAAUAGUAGGCAACCCAGUCAAGUGUUUGGGGAAGUGGUUCGAUGACUCUCUUACUGAUAGAAAGAAUGCCAGCAGCACCGUAGCGCAGACAGAGGAGUGGCUUAGAAGAAUUGAGAAGUCUGGAUUGCCAGGCAAGUUCAAGGCUUGGCUAUACCAACACGGAUUACUCCCGAGGUUAAUGUGGUUGCUGACCGUAUAUGAGAUACCACUGACAAGCGUAGAAGAAAUGGAAAGAAAGGUCAACAAACACCUUAGAAAGUGGCUAGGUGUUCCGCCAAGUUUCACAGCACUGGGUUUUUACUCUACAACAGGCCAGCUACAGCUCCCGUUGUCAUCUGCAGUGGAGGAAUACAAGGUGGCAAAGUUCAGAGUGGUCAUGCAGUUAAGAGACUCCCAGGAAAAGCAGAUCAACCAGGCCGGAGUCACAACAAGGGCAGGGAGGAAGUUCAAGCCCGACUCAAUGGUCUCACAGGCAGAAGGGAUGCUGGUCUUGAGGGAUAUAGUUGGAAUAACCAAUAUCGGAAGACAGGGCCUGGGAUGUGCACAUUUCAAACAGUGGGGAAAAGCCAACAGGAAAGAGAGAAGAGCACUGGUACAGGAUCAAGUUAGAAACUUAGAGGAAGAAAGGCGAAGGGCCAAGGCCGUGGAGUUGGCAGCGCAAGGCGCAUGGACGAAAUGGAAUCUCCCAAGCAGAAAAAUCACAUGGGCGGAGCUAUGGAAGUUAGAGCCUUUCCGUGUAUCAUUCAUGCUUAGGUCCGUGUACGACACGCUACCCUCACCAGCAAACCUGUAUAGAUGGAAACUAAGAGAAGACCCAGCUUGUAAGCUCUGCGGGGAAAGAGGAACAAUGGCUCAUAUCCUCUCCAGCUGUAAAGUAGCCCUCGCCCAGGGCAGGUACCGGUGGCGCCAUGACAAGGUGUUGUCGACCAUUGCUAGCAUUCUAGAAGUAGAGAGGAGGAAGAAGCGCCAUGUGGAGGCGAAACGCGCGCCAGUCAUGGCGUUUGUUAGAGAGGGUGAGAAGAGUCGUCGUCCCGCGACAGAAAGAUCAGAAGCGAGCAUACUACAGAAGGCGAGAGCAUGGGAGCUGAAGGUAAAUUUGGGGAGAAGGCUGCACUUCCCCUCAGUAGUCCAGACAAACUUACGGCCUGACGCAGUACUAUGGUCAGAAGAAGGGAAGAAGAUCAUACUGAUCGAGCUAACAGUGCCGUGGGAGGAGAGGUGUGAGGAGGCACAUGAGAGAAAGGCGAGCAAGUACCACGACUUGCUCCAGUGCUGCAGAGAGAAAGGAUGGCAGUCGUGGCUGUUCCCAGUAGAAGUAGGGUGCCGAGGUUUGCCAGCUCAGUCUACAUGGAAGCUACUAACAGCAUUGGGAAUAACCGGGAAGAGCAAGAAAGAACGCAGUGCGUAG